AUGGUUCGGACCUAUGCUUAUAACCCGUCAUCACAGGGUAACUUCUUCGGGAGUACAUCCACACCGUCUUUGAACCAACAAGCUCGCCAACAGGCUAAGGAAGUGAGAAUAAGCGAUGUGGAGCUUGUUCCCGUUCGAAAUUCACUCCCUCCGGCUCAAAAUGAGCAAUCCUAUACUCAACAAGCGGUCCCAGCUUGUCCUUGUCAGCUGCCUCAGCCUUUCUACACUCCAUUUCAUUCACCUUAUGUCGAUCCGAUUGGCUCAAUAGUUGGACUAAGAGUACUGUAUCUUGAAGGAAAAUUAUGCUACGUUCCGAUUGAACCACAGCUCAACUACGUUAUUAAUCAGCAAUUUGGAAAUGGCCUUUGCAUGCAUAUGGGUAACCGAUAUCUUUCACAAAAAGAUGACUUUCGCUACGUAAACAAUUACGAUUCUCAAAAUGAUAAUCAGAAUAACCAAAUUCAAAGACAAAGCCGCUAUGAAGCACCUCCAGCCCCAAAUACGACUAAACCGCAGCAGGAGCAAUACGCUACCGGACGUGACAUGGCCAGCACCUUCGCCACGAUUUCGACCAAAACACGACAACAAGAUGAUGUGGUCAGUUUUCUGAUGUACAGUAAGCUUACAGUAAUUCUGUGUUUCGUAAUUACCGCUUCUUGUACUGCUGAAUCAUAG